CCAGUGCACCAUAAUUCCCACCAUCGACGACCACCCCGUCGCGAUCGAGCCGGACAGCACGAGUUGGGUUCGAUUUAGGUUCUAAAGGUGUUUCUUCCACCCAGGCGGUGCUGGCUCGCUCUUCGAUGCAGUGUGCGACAAUCAGGCCCCGACAUUGUUAAACAUCACAACUUAUCGCUUUCCCACACCUGGCCACGACCAUGAGGUGGCUUCCCCUAUUCCUGGGCGCGGCCCGUCUGGCCGUUGCCGCAUCAACGACGACAGAAACAGAAACAGAGGACGAAGUGAAAGAGUACACCAAGUUCAACGAUGUACCGGUACCACCACUCAUCGAACUCACCCCCGACAACUGGGAGAAGGAAUCCAAAGCCAGCAAAUGGCUGAUGGUUAAGCACUACAGCCCUUACUGCCCUCACUGCAUUGACUUUGCUCCUACAUACCAAACAUUAUACGAGUUCUACUACACAUCGAAGCCCGUCGGGGACGAGAACGCGAACUUUACCACCUUCUACGACUUCCGCUUUGGCACCAUCAACUGCGUAGCGUACUACGAUCUCUGCAGCGCACACAAGGCAUCUUCCUACCCAACUACCACCCUCUACAAGAAUGGCGAACAGGUCGCGGCUCUUAAGGGCGUCAAGUCCAUGCCUGUUCUGAGCGAGAUAGUUGAGAAGGCCUUGGAAGCGACCAAGCCCGGAUCGAGACCCGCGAAGCUCGAGCUUCCUAAGCCUGGCGAAAUAGUUGCUCCCGGCUACGUUCCCAAGGUCGCCGCCACCAAGGAUACCAAGGAAACAUCCAAUGUUGAUUCAGCCAAGGAUGUGCCCAAGGUCGAUCUUGUCAAGGACUCUGCCACGGUCGAACAACCUGUUAAAGAUACCUUCAUCACCGGAAAUGACGAGUACUUGAUGCCCACUCCCAAGACCGAGGAUAAGGCCGCGGAAAAGGUCGUGGAUAAGGUUGUGGAUAAGGCCGCGGACAAAGCCACGGAAACCGAGGCGACGGAAACAAAGGCCAUAGAAUCUAAGGCCGCCUCCAAGGCCGACCCUUCUGUUGAGGCCACGGCCAAGAUCGAGAAGGUUAAGGGCAAGGAGGAGGAGGAGGAGAAGAAGAAGUCUACGUCCCCUGCUUACUACGAGGCCCCUGCUGUCGCUGCCGCUGCCGCCGCGUCUAUCAAGGGCAACAAGCCCAAGACUACUCCCAACCCCAAUGGCAUCUCCCAGCCCCUGACUGCCGAGAGCUUCCAGAGCCAGGUCACCAUGACCCAGGAGCCUUGGUUCAUCAAGUUUUAUGCCCCUUGGUGCCAUCACUGCCAAGCCAUGGCCGCCAACUGGGCUCAGGUUGCUCGCGAGAUGAAGGGCCGCCUCAACAUCGGCGAGGUCAACUGCGAGCAGGAGGCCCGUCUCUGCAAGGACGUCCGUGUCACCGGCUACCCCACCAUCCAGUUCUUCCGGGGAGGCGAGCGUGUCGAGUACACUGGCCUCCGUGGUCUCGGUGACUUCCUCGCGUAUGCCGAGAAGGCCAUUGACAUCUCUAAAGGUGUACAGGACGUCGACGCCGCUUCUUUCAAGGCUCUUGAGGAGAAGGAGGAGGUCAUCUUUGUUUACUUUUACGAUCAUGCCACCACCACCGAGGACUUUCUCGCCCUUGAGCGUCUUCCUCUCAGCCUUAUCGGCCGUGCCAAGCUCGUCAAGACCCGCGACCCCGAACUGUACGAUCGCUUCAAGAUCACCACCUGGCCUCGCCUGCUCGUCUCUCGCGAAGGCCGUCCCACGUACUAUCAGCCCCUUACGCCCAAUGAGAUGCGCGGCACUCGCCAGGUUCUUAACUGGAUGAAGUCCGUUUGGCUACCCAUUGUUCCCGAGAUGACCGCCUCCAACGCCCGCGAGAUCAUGGACGGCAAGAUUGUUGUGCUCGGACUCCUUAACAGAGACGACGAAGAGUCCUUCAACGGUGCCAUCCGCGAGAUGAAGUCGGCCGCUAGCGAGUGGAUGGACAAGCAGAUUCAGCUCUUCCAGCUGGAAAGGCAGGAGCUUCGUAACGCCAAACAGCUGCGCAUCGAGGAGGCCGAGGACCGCAACGACCAGCGUGCUUUGCGCAACGCCAAGAACAUCCGCAUCAACAUGGACAGGGCAGACAGGAAGGAGAUCACCUUUGCUUGGGUUGAUGGCGUUUUCUGGCAGAGAUGGAUCAGGACCACCUACGGUAUUGAUGUCAAGGACACUGGUGACCGGAUCAUCAUCAACGACGAGGAUAACCGUCGCUACUGGGAUCAAACCACCACCGGCAACCCCAUCGUCCCCAGCCGCACGUCCAUCCUCGAGACCAUCACCAAGAUCUCCCAGAAUCCCCUUAACAUCAAGCCCAAGCUCACCAUCUCCGCCUUCGAGAAGCUUUUCUUCGACAUUCGUAUGACCUUCUCGGAGCAUCCUUACCUUUCCAUGGGCUGCAUUCUCGGCAUCGCCUUCGGUUGCCUCUCGUGGUUCCGCAACAGCGCUCGCGCUCAGAGGAGGGCCGGUCACGGUACACACUUCAAGCUGGAGGAGGGCGGCAUUGGUGCUCCCAGCGAGAAGGGCAGCACCGGCGGCUUCAUUCAAAGCGUAUUUGGCGGCAGCGGUGGAAGCAGCAAUGGACCCAAGGCUGAUUGAAAUACAGUCCUGGGCUAAGGGCUGUUGUGUUGGUUUAUACUUUGUCAGGAAAAUGAUCUGGAUUUUACAUAUGCGCACGGGGUGGGUGGGGUUUUUGAGCACUGCAAGUUGUAGUUAAUGACUGAUGGUUGUGUGUGAAGAAAGGGUAGGAGGUUCCAAAUGAGGAUGCAGCGAGGGAUUUGUGUAUAUUUGCGAUGGGAGGGAGGAUAGAAUGAAUAUUCUGCGGACAGAGCAUCACCGGACGGGAGGCUUUUGGCUUAUUAAAGGAAAACCCGAACUGACAGCCUUCUUGACUGGGUAUUGGUCUUGAUAUCACUACACUCAUCUUGUUGUUUUCUUUAUAUCUUCCUCCUUGGCCACGCCCUUUUUUUAUAUAUCCCCUUACACCAUGUUAGCUUUGAGGUUCUCCUCAUCAUUAUCCCUGGAACCGCACUUGGCGUAAAAUAGAGUUGACUUGUAGGAUAUUUAGGGAAUUUG